GCUCACGACCGUUCCAAGUGACCACCCCAGUUUAAAGAUGUCGGUUAAGGGACGGCAUGGUGGCACAGCGGUUAGCUCGUCUGCCUCACCAUUCUAGAGUCCUGCUCUUUAUCGUGUCUCUUUGGUUUUUGCUUGCUCUCACAUUUUCCUGUAUACUUCACUUUCGCCCCACAUUAAAAGUCACACAUGUCGGUUAAUUACAUGCAUUAUAACUACUGCUUUUAUUAUUUAAGGUGAAGGUAAUUCGUCUUUCCAAAUGUUACUGUAAAAUAAAGCACUAGGCUGAAAUUGGCUGCUUAUUUGUCUGCUGCGUUUUUCGGAUUGUCGGUUCCUCCUUAAAAUCUGCUUCAAUGUUGCGCAUAUCAUAAAGCUCACAACUUGCUACUGCUAUUCGCAGAGGUAGUGAAGGCCGCCUGAAAGAAAUUCUAACGUGAUAAGAAAAACAAGGUAAACUAAAUCAGAAGAAUAUGGCGGGUGUGCGCAUUUCCAUCUGUCGGCUCUCCUCUGUACGUUUCACGAACGGCACUCACUAUCGCUGAGACGGAGCCCGUCGGUCCAAACACUUCAGCGAUUAAAGAUGGCCAAAAGAUUCAGAGUCAGUUCGGCGGUCACUCGGCUGGCUGCUUCUCCACAUUUCGUCCACACGCCGGCAUUUCGCACAUCUGCCUCACAUUUUACGUGGCUACUUGUAAAGACUCGAUGCGCGGACUGGAGCUCCACAUUGAAAUUUCAAUCUCAGACUUACAUUAUUCAAUUUGCCGCUUUAGACCGCUAAUUAAUCAUUACACAGCAUGUCGCGUUCAUCGUCAUCAUACUUUAUAAAUAAUACUGACUUUCUAUUCAAAAGAAGAAAAGCGUCUUGCAUAAGAUGGGAAAUAAAAUCAAUAACUGAAAUUGGUAUGAAGCCGUCAUUCAAGGCGCCGUGCUAAUUCUUAAACAUGACCGUUUAAUACCUCCAGAUCGCCGCCGUUCUCCAGCACCACUCGCGGCUGCGGGCUGAGGGUCUCGCGCUCACUCUGUUACUCCACUUCUGCAGCUGAGCUUCAAGCCCAAUGACGUCAUUCCGAGCCGAAACAAAGCGCUGCUGUCUUUCAGCACCAGACUGGCACUCUCUCAAUGGACAGCUCCGUGGCAAACUAGCGGAUGAAAUCAGGAUAUCGUGAACGACGAGGCAGGCGACAAAGUGGCCGUCGCGUGAGCUCUAAGACAUUUCAGGAGCUGGCCUUUGUACAUGCAGUAGGAAUAUGCAAAUGGGGAACGAAACCGUCAUCUGUGCCCUAAUGAACACCCGCGACACGGCAAACUUUGCAUUAAGCACCGCGAAACUAAAGUCCAUGGGAUGGUGGUGGUCUCAUUAAGGCGUCUGCGGCUUCAAAUGGGAUAGCGCAUCAGGUAAUUAAGAAUGGCAUUGUUAUUGUGCGUGCUUUUCAGAUGGACACAAAAGUGGCGCGGCAUUGAUCGUGGAACCUCAAGGUUUCAUAUGUAGCUGUAAUUUAAUUAAGGAUUAUUUCCGUAAACAGAGCAGAGGCUGGAGCAGCAGGACAUCCACUGCAUAAAAUCACUCAUCGAGCUUCUCGUCUUCCACCCGCGUACGCACUCUAGGCGUUGAAAAGAUGAAUCUGUCAUUCGAAAAGCCCCAGUUAGGGGCAACGCGAAAAGGUUCAAUGGAGCAAUUCCUUCAUUGAUGUUCAUCUGCUGUAUCCCGGACCGGAUUACGAUGUUGUGUCAAAGUAGAUAAUUACAUUCAAAUCUGAACACUUCGGAAGGUCAAGAAACAACGCACACUUAAGUAUCGACGGGCAAAUAGACACGUUAUAGAACAUGAAAUCAUCCGAAGUGUUAGAGAUCAGAGGGCGGAAGAUCGGCAGGAAUUAAAACUCAGCCGCAGAAUAACACAGCGGAGCGGUUAACAAUUCCCUGGAAUUACAGUGUGGGCACAUUGCACGGAUCGCAUUACUGGCGUGCUCAGAAUCCCUCGGUUCCCUUUCAUUUCGAUCUCCGCCAUGGAUCCGGCUCAGGAGUAUUCCCGCUUCCUGGUGAAGAUCCUGGAGGAGUUGGACACCAAGCACAGCAGCGUGUCCUACCAGGACCUGUGCAAAUCGCUCUGCUCCCGGUUUGACUUGGCCCACUUGGCCAAACUGAGGAGUCUUCUCUUCUACACGGCCUGCUUGGAUCCCAGCUUCCCGGCCACUUUGUUCAAAGACAAGAUGAGAUGUUCGGCCGACAGCCAGCAAUCCAAGAAGAUAAUGGUGGCCGCGGACAUAGUCACGAUGUUUAAUUUGAUUCAGAUGAAUGGUGGAGCAGCCAAGGAGAAGUUACCUCUGGGACGACGGCAUAAAUUUCACAAAAACCAGUCCUUUGAGUCUUGUCGCUCUGACACGGAAGUGUGCAAGUUCUCCGACUGUGUGGCAAACUGUGACUUCUUAGAUGUCAGAGGGCACAUCCCCUCAUCCCGUAUGUCCCCCUGUGUGAAGUCCGACUGCACGGAUUCUCCCCAAUUCAUUCCCGCCACCGACCCCAAUUUCCUGCUGGGAAUUAACAAGGAAAUGAAAAGUCGCGCGGCCUCCCUGGACCGACUCCAGAUGCUCCCGCAGUUCUCGGAUGACAGCCCUCCUCCAUGUGAAAUGCAGAGCACCUACUUCCCCAUGGACAUCGACAGCGAGUCGACAACGUAUGACGAGUCGCUGCCCAUGAACCCGGGGAUUAAAGAGACCUUCAUCUCAAAUAUCGAACCUUUUCCAGUCCACUCGUGUACUCAGAAACGAAAUAUUUUUAAAGAGGAUUUCCAUAACCUUCCGGCGUUUGCCACACACAUCAUUUCCGUGGAGUCAAAGCCGGACGACAAGGUGUGCAGCGGACACGGCCGAAAAGAUCCCCACAAAUCCACGACUUUCUUCAACCACAGUUUUGAGCUACCAUACAGUAAUCCCUACUUUGAGCCUGUAGCAUCUCCUGUCCAAGACAAACGGCGCGUGAAACACGAGAGUCUGGAUGAUCUCCAGGCCUCGACUUACUUUGGGCCCACCACCGUGACGGAGGUGUCAAACCCGAGGCGCUCAUCGGGAAAACUGAACAAGCAGACCGCCUGGCCGGUGAAGAGUCUGAGCCUCAACACGGAAGAAGGGCCCGAUUUCGAGCGGUCAUUUCUUAACGGGAAUCUGUCCAAGGAGUGCCAUCGCUCCAAUGUGAGCGGCGUGGAGAAAGUUCAGACCUAUCAGUGCUCCAAGGACCAUGCCGCCAUCUCCCCAUCGGGCUUCGGUUUAAAAAUGAACUGUCAGAAGACCAAAGAAGCCAUCUGCAUCCCCGUCGGCCCAGCGGUCGAGAAAAGAGAAGGCCUGAAACGCUACAAGGAUAAAAGUAUCAACUGCACGUCUUUUCAGGCGGUAAGCAUCGACAACACCUCGAGUGUGGGAACCCAGACGGAUCAGUUGGAACCGAAAAAGGCGAAGGAAAACUUCGGCGGAAACCACAUGAAAUACGGGGAAAGACGCCCCUUCAAACAUUCGGACGAGGACUCGGAAGUGGUCAGCGAUGACAUUAGCGACAUUUUCCGAUUUCUGGACGACAUGAGCAUCUGCGACUCCAGCGGAGUCAUCCAGUCUUCCCGCUACAACAGCAACGGUUCCCUCUCCCAGGUGAUGAAGUCGGACGGCGACAGUUCACCAGAGCGAAAAUCCGUCAAACACAGCAAAGCAGGCAGCAAGGCAGACAAAGUGUUUCAUUCCCAAGAGAGCCCCGACGAUGAGCUGAAAGCCAGCGUCUGCAAAUUGGUCCUGCGCAUCGGCGAGAUUGAGAAGAAGCUGGAGACCCUCUCGGGCGUGCGGAACGAAAUCUCCCAAGUCCUCUCCAAGCUGACCAAGCUGGACGAGAAGAUCCAACAGCCGGAAGUGAACAGCAGGCAAAGCCAGAUGGACCUGGCCAGUGAGGAGCCCUCGGAUAACAACGUGUCACCGAGGAUCUUUCAGUGCCACACCACGGGCCACGCCACCAAGUUGGAGAACAACCCAGAGUGGUGCUGCUCGGACGCCAGUGGCAGCAACAGCGAAAGUUUAAGGGUCAAAGCUUUGAAAAAGAAUUUAUUUACAAGGAGGUCUUCGAGGUCCCUGACAGAGGAGAACAGCGCCACCGAGUCCAAAAUUGCUAGCAUCUCGAACUCGCCAAGGGACUGGAAGUCUGCCCCCUAUGGACAGACUGGGGACGACAUGAAGGAAAAGGAACGGGAAAGCAAAGAAUGGCACCGGAAAUCCAAAGAGACUGACCGGCAGUAUGAAAUUCCACAAGUGCAUAGGACUCCAAAGCCAUCGAAAGACACCUACUUGAUAGAGCAGGUCUUCAGUCCUCAGCCAUUCCCCUCCAAAUCCCAUAUGAAGGGAAACCCACUCUACACGGAUAUGAGGCUCACAGAAAUGUCGGAGACAAAGCGACCUCAGCCAUCAUGGACCAUAGAGGAAUAUAAAAGAAACUCAGGCGACAAGGGGAAGCUAACAGCGCUGGAUCUGCAGACUCAAGAAUCACUCAAUCCAAACAAUCUGGAAUAUUGGAUGGAGGACAUUUACACACCGGGAUACGAUUCUCUACUCAAGCGGAAGGAAGCCGAAUUCCGCAGAGCGAAGGUUUGCAAAAUCGCUGCCCUGAUUGCCGCAGCUGCCUGUACAGUCAUCCUGGUUAUCGUCGUCCCGAUUUGCACUAUGAAAUCAUAAAAUGCGAGACCCCCCCCCCCCUCCUACCCCCCCACCCUCCACUUAAACCUACCCCCCCCACCACCACCAUGUUGUAUUAUAUACAACUGAACUGUAGUCCGAAGCGUAACGUCUGCAUCUUUAAAUUGUAAAGAAAAUUGGGUUGACAAGAGAAGCGUGUCAAGAUUUUUGUAAACCACGAAAAGCCUCACAAAGAAUGUAUGGAUUUGGGGGUCUCUUUUACAUUUGGGGAAUGUAUUUCAGGAACCGUGUUUUUACAUUUAUAUUUUUGUAUCACUCAAUUCGAUGUUUUGUAUUUCCUUAAAGGAUGUCUGUUAUUACUCUGGUGCAACGCUACGUGACAAACGCAAAUCGACUAAUCAUCAAAAACAAUGAGAAAACCGAGAGGGACAAAGCCAAACUUAACAAAAAAUAUCGUGAAAUCGCAUCUUAGACAGGCGAACAAUGUUUUGUUGAUUUGUUCGUCUGUAAAUUCAUGGACCGGGCAAACUAAACAGACAAAUCCACAUUUUGGGGCUCUGGGGUCUGCGCACGUUAGGUGGGCUUGGACUGAUGAGCCAUGUUGGUGUCUUCUCAUCAAACUCUUCUCACAUUCUGACGUAGAAAAGCUCUAUGAGCCGCACCUUCACAUCCAUGCAGCCAGCUAAGUGGAAUGUAACCAAACGUUGGCCUGCGUCUCGUUCUCGUCCUCUUAACUCCGCGCUCAAGGGCUGUAGCGGUAGGGUGGGGUAGAGGGGGCGAUUAGAAUUUAUUUCUCGUGGGUGUGCCUUAAACAUGUCUGCCCAUAGCUCAUCACGUCAUAAUGACCCCUUACUUCUCCCACCUUUUGCAAAAGACUCCCUCUUUACAAAACCGUUUCCUAAAGCCUUCACUCCAUCCAUCCUUUAUCCGGUUUCUGACGAUUCCCACCUGAACGCGGCCUGCGU